UUACCAAAUACAGCGAGCCUCGCAGAUUCGCAUGCAAAUGGCUCUUAUACUCCAGAAAUGGCGGCUGGAAGUGACCCGGCAUUCCAAACCCUAGCGCUGUAGCCCCCGCCGGUCAACUCCCACCUCCGCUCCGGCCGCCGUCUCCCGUCGCAGGAUUGAAGUGCAGGAAUAAGAGGUUUUAAGCCGUUAUCCAAAGGCGCUGGGUAUGGCAUUAGCUCUUAAACCAACUUGCUUUGUUCAACUUAAGAAACCCAAAUCUUGCUGUGCUUUCCAGUCUUCGCGGCAACUAGCAGUUGUUUCUACCAAAAGAAAUACAACAAUGGCUGCUCUUAGCAUAGUAUCGACAAUUGGCAUCUCUGAGACAUUUGCUAAAUUGAAGAAAGAAGGCAAGGUGGCAUUAAUUCCUUACAUCACGGCUGGUGACCCUGACCUUUCAACUACCGCACAAGCUUUGAAGGUGCUUGACUCAUGUGGUUCAGAUAUAAUUGAGCUGGGUGUUCCAUAUUCUGAUCCUCUAGCAGAUGGUCCAGUAAUUCAGGCUGCAGCCACUCGAGCCUUGGCAAGGGGUACUAAUUUUGAUGCAAUUAUUUCCAUGUUGAAGGAGGUUGUCCCGCAAUUGUCAUCCCCUGUUGCUUUAUUCUCAUACUAUAACCCAAUUCUGAAGCGCGGAGUGGAGAAGUUCAUGUCCAUCGUUAAUGAUGCAGGGGUUCAUGGGCUUGUAGUUCCUGAUGUUCCUUUGGAAGAGACUGAAAUCUUAAGAAAGGAAGCUCUUAAGUACAAAAUUGAACUGGUGUUGCUUACUACACCUACUACUCCAACCAGUCGAAUGAAAGCUAUAGUUGAAGCCUCGGAAGGAUUUAUAUAUCUUGUGAGCUCAGUGGGAGUAACUGGGGCUCGAGCAUCUGUGAGUACUCGUGUGGAAACUCUUUUGCAGGACAUUAAGGAGGCAACUACUAAACCCGUAGCUGUUGGCUUUGGCAUAUCAACCCCUGAGCAUGUGAAGCAGGUUGCGAGCUGGGGAGCUGAUGGUGUGAUUGUUGGAAGCGCGAUGGUGAGACUGCUGGGCGAAGCCAAAUCUCCAGAAGAAGGGCUGAAGGAGCUCGAAGAUUUCACUAGAUCCUUGAAAUCUGCGCUGCUUUGAGAGGGUUUUUGUUGAUCUGACUGGCUUGUUAGCUCUUCAUUUCAGCCUUUUGGACACAGUGGAGAUUAUUUAGAUCAAACCCCUUCGGGGUUCCCUUAAUUGUUACAGCAUAUGUUCGGUCCAAGAACUCUUUUGAAUUUAUGGGCCUUUUCGUCCCGGAAACCGGUUUUCAGUAAACUGCAAUUUUCAGUCAGUACUCUGAAGAGCACCUUCACUUCUCAAAACGAUUUGUGAGAUUGAUCUACUGUAAAUUGCUGCAUGAGACCCAAGUCCAUUCGAAUA